CGGGAGCCGCCACCCGCGGCGGGCAGGAAGCGGGCGGGCAGCGGAGGAUGCCGGAGACCGGGCAGGAGCCGCCCAGCGCCCCGCCGCCGCCGCCCCCUCCCAAGGAAUCCUUCUACAUCAAGAACCUGCUCAACGGAGACCCCCCCAAAGCGGCCCCCAAGCAGCCGAGGGCUCUGUUCGCCCCUUCGGGCAAAGCGGACGGCUCCGGCUUCGCCCUCUCGCAGGUGGGAGAUCUCUCCUUUCCCCGCUUCGAGAUCCCGGCGCCGCGCUUCGCUCUGAGCGCGCACUGCCUGGAGCGAGCCCAGACCUGGUGGUACCCCUACGCGCUGACGCCGGCCGGAGCCCACCUGCCCCGUACCGAAGCCGCGGAGAAAUCCCUCCUGCGGGACUCGUCCCCCGCGUCGGGCACCGACAGGGACUCCCCGGAGCCGCUGCUCCAGGGGGGGGACGCGGAACAGAAGGAGCGGGACCCCAAAAGCCCCGCCGAGAUCGUGCUGGAGGAGAGCGACUCGGAGGAGGGGAAGAAGGAGGGCGGCGCGGAGGACUGGAAGAAGCGGGAGGAGAGCCCCGAGAAGAAGCCGUGCCGCAAGAAGAAGACGCGCACGGUGUUCAGCCGCAGCCAGGUCUUCCAGCUCGAGUCCACCUUCGACAUGAAGCGCUACCUGAGCAGCUCGGAGCGGGCCGGCCUGGCCGCUUCGCUGCACCUCACAGAGACCCAGGUGAAGAUCUGGUUCCAGAACCGCCGCAACAAGUGGAAGCGGCAGCUGGCGGCCGAGCUGGAGGCGGCCAACCUCAGCCACGCGGCCGCGCAGCGCAUCGUGCGCGUCCCCAUCCUCUACCACGAGAACUCGGGCGCGGAGAGCAGCGCGGCUGGAGGCGGCGGUCCCGGCCCGCAGCCUCUGCUCACCUUCCCCCACCCCGUUUAUUACUCCCACCCCGUGGUCACCUCCGUACCGCUCCUGCGGCCCGUCUGAGCCCCGCGCUGAGCGGCGCGGAG